AUGGGUGUCAUCGCAGCUGUGCUCCUCGGCCUUUACGCCUUCCCCAUGCUCUGGGACGUGCAGCACAGUGCUGCGGUCGUGCGCAUGCGGGCGCAGGUCGAGAACCUGACCUCCGGCUACGUGGUGUGCACGCCGGGGAGGAGGGGUGUGUAUACAGUGGAUGGGGAGGACAGCCAGGUGGAGUGCGUGAGGGUGCAGGGGGAUGUGGUGGCGGAUGUGGGGGAGAGGGAUGCUAUCACGAAGCGGUGGACGAAGGAGCUACCGUGGCCGCUUUCGAUGUACCCGUUCUCGCUUAUAGCACCGGAGCUGGAGGUCCACGAAAUUGACGAGGACUCAAUAGUUGUCCCUGGCUUAACAGAUUCUCACUGCCAUGUCCUCGAAUAUGGCGCCUUCAAGCAAAUUCCCCUUGAGAAGGGAAAGAGUAUCCCAGACGUUGUCAAACACGUCCGCAACUACAUCAUGAGCAACGAUGAGAUAUUCACUAACACGAGCAAGCCCGUCCUUGGCUGGGGCUGGGAUCAUACUGCCUGGCCUGAGAAGCGGUUCCCGAUGGCGGCCGACCUCGACGCCGAUCCCAUCAUCCGCGGGCGCCCAGUGAUUCUCACCAGCAAGGACGGCCACGCAAUCUGGGUCUCCCAGCGCGUCCUCGACGAGAACAUGGCGAACAUCCCGGACGACGUCCCCGGCGGGGUGAUCUAUAGGGAUAAGGAUGGAAAGCCCACGGGCACCUUCCUCGACAGCGCAAUCGACGUCAUCCCCAAACCUAGCCUUACCGACGCUGACCUGCGCAAGCGGCUCAUGACCGCUGUACGGGAUGCGCACGCUUAUGGGCUGACCUCAGUACAUGACGCUGCGCUGCUGCCCGAGUCGUUGGCCUUCUUCAAACGGCAAGCGGAGGCGAAUGUGCUGCCCCUCCGCGUCUUCGGCAUGAAAUACUUCAACGAGGAGGACUGGUCGGGCGACCCCAAUGACAUGUACUUCGCCUUCGACAACCACCUCGUCUCGCGCAGCGUCAAGAUCUUUGCGGAUGGGGCGUUGAGGACAGGUGGGGCGGCGCUCUACGAACCCUACUCCGACAACCCGUCGAGCCGCGGCGCCAUGCGCAUUGACCCUGAGCUGCUGGCAAAGGUCGUACCCAAAUUGCUGGCGAACGGGUGGCAGGUGAACGUCCACGCCAUCGGCGACCGCGCCAACGGCCUCGUCCUCGAUGCCUUCGAAGCUGCCUUGGAGAACACGAAUAUUUCUGCCGUACGCCCGCGCCUGGAGCACGCGCAGCUCAUGACGGACAAGGAUAUUGAGCGGUUGGGAAGGUUGGGAGUCAUCGCCAGUGUGCAGCCGACGCAUGUCAUCGACGAUAUGUGGUACGCGGAGGACCGAUUGGGUCCCUCCCGCAUCCGCGGCCUCUACGCCUUCCGCUCCAUGCUCAAUGCGGGCGCGCGCAUCACUCUUGGCUCGGACUUCCCCGUCGAGACGAUGAACCCGCUCGCGGGUUUCUACGCCGCGAUCACGCGCCUCACGUACGACGGGCGGUCGCCACAGGGGAGUGGGGGAUGGUUCCCCGAGCAAGCCCUCACCCGCCGCGAGGCCCUCCGCGGCCUGACCAUCGAGCCCGCACACGCGUCCUUCAGCGAGGACAAGGUCGGCUCGCUCGAGGUGGGCAAGAAGGCGGAUUUCGUGGUUCUCUCGCGGGAUAUCAUGACCGUUCCGGUGGAGGAGAUCAUGGGCACGAAGGUGCUGGCGACGGCGAUUGAUGGGAGGGUAGUAUAUGGGGGGUUGUGA